GGAAGUCACCACAUUUCAAGUUACUAAUGUUUGCGAGCCUUCUUUACGCAUAUCAAUGCGAUAUUUGUAAUUCCAACCAGCUUUAUGUCAAUCUCAAGAUCAAUGCACACUCGGCGAAUCGUUCCGUUGCCGAUGGCAAACACAAUCUAUUUUAAGGUUCAUUAUUCAUGGGAUUUCCUCUUCAGGGAUUGCAAAAUGUGGUAGUUGUCCAUACUUAUGUUUUAGGAGAACGCUUUAAUAAACCACUGAAUAUCAUUUGAACCUGAAAUGUUCAAGGAAUCCUUGUUGUUCUAGGGUUUUUGCAUUCGAAGUCUAGCUAUGGAGUAUAUCAUGGCUGCGAUUCUAUCUGUGAUAUUGCUAGCAGUUCUUCUGCACAAAGGUGCUGCCCAGAACUGUGCUCCUAUAACCGACAAAAGUUACAGUAAACAGGAGAACGAAAUCGCCAAGCUCGUCUGCGAGUUCACCACGCCUACAACCAGCAAAGUCAAAUGGAUCGACCCUAAUGGUCAAGUGGUUUCUACAGACUGUCAGAGUUCCAACCCUAGGUUCACCGUGAAGUGUACGCCGGUACUGAGCCCCACCAAGUAUACUCUUGUUUUCAAUGCUAGUUGGAGUGAUAGAGGAGCUUAUGGCUGCGUCUGCGAGUCAAAUAGUGUCAAUAGUUCCGUCAUAUUUACUGUAAAAGUGCCCCCGGCGACUAUAAAAGCAUCUUGCAUUGUAAAAGAUACGGGGAAAACUUGUGAUGAAACAAGUCGCAAAAGCUCUGAUGUUUUGCAGUUUUCGGCCACCGUUGGAUGCUCGUCCCCGUCUCCUACCAUCACAUGGAAAGAUGACUUGGGAUCACCGGUAGACACGGCAAAUUUCGGUGGUAUCUUGAAGGUUGACACGUGUACAGGUAGCGUGAGCGGCCAGAAGUCAGUAGUCAACUCUUUUUCAGCGACCUGGUCACAACUUGGUAAACCUGGUAAGCUGAACGCAGCGGCUGAAAACGAAGUGGGUGGCAAGUUUGUGGACCUUCUUAUACACAAAGAACCCGAAAAAGAAGAUACCACCGCGGUGGUAGUGGGAGCCGUCAUUGGUGUCAUACUGUUCCUGGUCAUCUUGGGGCUCGUGGCGUUCCUCAUAGCCAGACACAAGAGAAAGAAGAUGAACAACGUGGUUUAGAUCAAUGUGUCGGAGAUUGAAACGUUUUGUUUUAUGAGAGGUAAAAUGGUGCUAUUGUAGCCUCAGUGCAAUUAUAGCCUCAACUGUGUAGAAAACAUCUGAUAUUCCACACUAAUGCCAACAUGGAUGUAACUGUACUGGGGCUGUAACUGUACCAACUUACCUUACAUGUACAUACUUCCUGAUGGGUGUUGGUAUAGAUGUUUGAUAAAUAUUGUGUGCUACCAUGAACCACACCUGAAGCGAACAGUAUGUGUUUGUCUUUCUCUGCACCAAUUGCAAGAACUCUAUGUAAACAACAUCCACCCGGUAAUUGCAAGAACUCUAUGUAAACACCAUGUACCCGGUAAUUGCAAGAACUCUAUGCAAACACCAUCAAUCAGGUAAUUGCCAUUCGGAGAUCAGCCGUUUUUUUAAAAUUCUACGUCAUAGAUGUAUACAAAAACAUCGACAGGCGGAGUAUCAUGAAAACCACUGGUUAUGCCAAGAUUGGUAAUUACUAGAACUCGAUGUAAACACCAUCCACCAAGUAAACUGUAUUUUUUUCAAUCAGUAUUAUAUCUGCAGCAUGCUGGGUGAACAUUGCGUCAGAAAUCACACAUUAUAUGUUAUUGGGCAUUUGUUAAGUUUGAGGUUUUUGUACCAACUGCUUGGAUGUUAAUUUUGACACUUUGUAGAUCCCACUUGUGUUAGUACGGUUGAACCUAGUAUAGCGGACAAAUAUUCCCGAUUCCCUAUAACACCAUCCUGAGAUUCAAAGGUUUUUCUUUCUACGUCAUGUAGGAGAGAAAAGCCCUACAUCUAAUGAUGCUGAAACACGUUACAAUCUGGCACCACGGUUAUUUGUAAUAUCUAAUGGCACGUUAUGGAUUGGAGUGCGACUGACAUUGUCAGAUGAAAAACUCGGUUUUCCAUUUACAUUCAAGUGGGCAAAAACGGAAGAAAUAGAAAGGAUAUAGGACGCGUGACCAUAAGUGACUAUUGUUCAAUUUCACUGUUAAAGAGAAAACCCUGGAUUCUAGAACUGUCAGUAGAGCGUCCUUCGGGUUUUCUGCAAGAUUCAGCAAAGAAAACCGGGAGGCCCAUCGUCUUGAAGAACAAAAUCACGCAGGCCGUGCAUGGUAGAUUGUCAAUAAAUCGCCGCACCAUCUACUGGACACACCCUGUUCAACAUGCAAUAUAUUCACAGUCGUGAUGGUUGUUUAAAGUUGAUUUUCUCCCUUCGUUGAGACUAAGAGUAUUUAAAAGUGGAUAGAUGUCAAAAUAUAGGGAGUGAAAAUAUUCGUACCUGUCUCGCGUGUAUCUUCUUUACUCCGGUUAACUUGUCACAAAGGCAAAAACGUGUCUUAAUUGCAUAGAGCAACCACUCUUAGUAUUAUCGUAUGUGGUUGUAGCUGAUUUGUCCAAUGCUUCAAAUGCAUAUCAUUCUAAUUGGCUGUAGCGUGCAUGCACUUUUGUUAUUGAAAUUAGCAGUGGAGGGAGAAGAAAUGAGAGAAUGUAUCCCCCGAAUAAGAUCACCAUCUGUUCGACUGAAUCAAAUGGUAACUAGUACAUGUCAAACUGUACAUGUACUAGCACUGCAUUUUAAUUUUUACUCGUAACUAUAUGUAUAUGUAAAUAAAUAAACUUAAUAGAAAA